AUGCUUUGUUAUUUCACGUCUAUGUUGAUUUGUGGAGUAUUGCUGGUGCAUUCAUCAGACAGCGUUGCUCAUAAUGAUCCAUGUAAGACCCACGGUCAGCACGGAAACCAAUGUGCAUUAGCUGGGAAGUGGAGAAAUCAAUACAAAUCGGAAAUGACAAUCUUUUGCCAAAAUGCAACAUUCACAGGUCAAUAUACAGACAUCAUUGGGGAUCCUACACAGAACUACGUUCUUGUAGGGAAAUAUAUACCUGUUAAUAAUACGGAGUACAUCACUGGAUGGUCGGUGGCCUUUAAAAAUGAAUACCAUGACGACAUGUCUGUCAAAAGCUGGAGCGGUGUAUUCUACGCUGCACAUGGCAACAUCAAGACCCACUGGGUACACGCCAAAUACGUAAAACCAAACGACUACUGGAGAACCUUUUCCACAAAUCAGGACACAUUCAUCAGAACGAGUAGCGACCCCUGCUUGCCAAAUUCUGCGGGUUGAAUUUCAUCCCUGUCAUACACAUGUAAAAUACAUGAUGAAAUUAUUUUGCUAAUCAAUUCUUGAACUGAUUAAUAAAAUAUACGAAGUUUA